CUGGCGCAUGCGCAGACGACGCUUAUCUUUACAUGUGUGCGUACGGUGUCUGCCAGUAUCAACGGAGAUUCCUCGAAAUUCGCCGACUAUUUUCACGUGUGGUAGUAAAAUUAUGUAGUAACGAGGCACGUGUGCGUUGAUAGCGAGUGAACUAGGUGAAUGUGUGCGUGGAGCAUUUCUCUGCGAGGUCAAAAUCAAGUUGCAACGUGCCUGUGUUUAUAUCCAGUUUGCUUUCGUUUCCCUGCCCCGCGUAGCGCGUGGUAAUCAGGCGACAGAGGGAUGUUGCGAUGUAAAGUAUCCUCACUGAUCCUGCAGCACACGGUUUUGUCGCGUGCGCACCUUACUCCGGAGCUGGCGCUGCGUCUGAUCACCCCUGAGUGCCCUCUAUGGACCGCGAGAGCGGAAGAGCUACCCUUUCCUGACCCUUUCUGGGGGUUCUAUUGGCCUGGGGGCCAGGCUACUGCCAGAUACAUACUGGACAAUCCUAAAAUCGUCGAAAAUAAAACAGUUUUGGACCUAGGAUGUGGAUGUGGAGCCGGGGCCAUAGCAGCAGCAAAAAUGAAAGCGAAGAAUGUAGUGGCCAAUGACAUCGAUGUAUAUGCCCUAGAAGCCACCUGUAUCAACGCGGCCCUCAACGGGAUUUCCUUGACAACCAGCGCCUCCAACCUUAUCGGCGAGAAACCUCUGAAACCUCACUGCGACACGGUACUUGUCGGCGACAUGUUCUACGAUUCAGAGUUCGCUGAGACACUGUUCAAGUGGCUAAUGACUCUGAAAGGCACUACGGUCCUAAUAGGCGACCCUGGUCGGCACGGCCUGACCCAACGGACAGGACUGAAGCGACUGGCCACGUAUCAGCUGCCACCCAACAGUUGCUUGGAAAACCGGGGUUUUGCGGAGACCACUCUCUGGCAGCUCGAUAUUAAAUGAUACUUUAAUAUA